AUGGUAUCUGGUGAAACAGCCCGAAUUACCCGCUCAAAAUCCGCCCGCAAGGCUACCACCAACCGCCCACCUCGAGACGCGGCGCGCCGAACAACGGGCGUUCGCAAGGCCAAAGCACCUGCAAGAAGGGUGAAGAAGGAAACACAAAAGAUUGUGUCCGAGUCAGACGGCGCAAACUUAGGUACCGUACACGUUCCCCGGCGCUCUACUAUAGCCAUUCGGUCCAUGCCUCCCAAAUCAGUCACCCCUCAUGGCAGCUACAAUUCAAAAUCAGGAGCGGCAGAGGUGGACUUGCGCGCAAUACUUUUCGGCAGGCGAGGAAACCAAGCGGUGGAGGGUGGUACCAAAUCGCACCAGCUCGAGGUCGGCGUCGUCGAAGAGGACAGUGACGAACAAGGCGAAUUCGAGGUGGAAGAAGACGACGACGAACAGGACCAGCUCGGCGGCGGUGGCAGCAGCGGUUUUCAAGCCUUGCUCCCACCAGAACGCAAGCAAUUCGUCAAGAUACUCACCUCGACCUUCCAUUCUGCGGCUCUCGACAUCGUGGUGACCUACGACGAAAUGCUUGACGGAAUCAAAGCAGCGUUCGAGGAAGAAAAACUGAGGUCUUAG